GGACGGAGUACUCGUGAGUGUGGAGAAGAAUGUAGGGCUAUUCUUGGGGAUUUGGACCCUCCGUCGGACCGUCACUGCGUGCGUAGAGCCAUAUUCAUGUAUCGGUCAUUCCCCGUCACUGCUUGCGUCGCGACUUAUCUCAGUAAUCUCACCUCCCCUAUAAAUUCUCGGGGAUUUGGACCCUAAUCGCUUACCGCAACCCAAACAACAGCACUCAAAUCGAAGCCAGAAUUCGAAAUCGAAAUCGCACAAACAACGAUCAUGGCUCCUCCGUACGUGAAAGAAGAUCUUCCCCCAUAUUUGGAUUCUACUUCUGAACCGCCUCCUCUCUUUGAUGGAACUACUCGGUUGUAUACCUAUUACCCGUGCCCGUUUGCUCAGCGUGUUUGGAUUGCCAGGAACUAUAAGGGUUUACAAGACGAGAUCAAAUUGGUUCCUAUUAACCUUAGAGACAGGCCUGCCUGGUACAAAGAGAAAGUUUACCCAGAAAAUAAGGUGCCAUCACUGGAGCACAAUAACAAAAUCAUCGGAGAGAGUCUAGUUUUACUUAAAUAUCUAGAUGAUAACUUUGAAGGCCGCAAACUUUUGCCUAAUGAUCCUUUGAAACAGCAGUUUGCUGAAGAGUUGUUAGCGUACACUGACACACUCAACAAAAUCGUGUAUACUUCUUUUAAAGGAGAUCCAGCGAAAGAAGCUGGUAUCGCUUUUGAUUACUUAGAAACCGCUCUACACAAAUUCGAGGAUGGACCUUUCUUCCUUGGCCAAUUCAGUCUGGCGGACAUAGCCUAUGCUCCAUUUGUCGAAAGGUUUCAAAUCUUCUUACAAGAUGCGUGGAAGUAUGACAUUACGGCAGGACGACCAAAACUAGCAACAUGGAUUGAAGAGGUGAACAAGAUUGAUGCUUACAAGCAGACAAAGUGCGAUCCCGAAGAACUUAUUCAAACCUACAAGCAGCGCUUUCUGGGUCAGUAGUGAAUUUCCCAGAAGCUACUCCAGCAGCUGUUCUGAACUAUGUACUAAAUAAGUGGCUGCAUGCUAUCUAUGUUGUAUCUAUUCUGUUACUCUGGUGUUCCCAAAGCUUGUCGUUGGAUUGUUUUUCUAGCUUAAUAAGAUCAACUCAUUUGUGUGGUGUGCUGUGA